UGGUUUUGACCAAUACCUUCCUCUCGCCUGAAAGGCAGGCUCCUUUGGCAUUUUAUUCGAAAAGCCCCGCCCACAUGCUUCACCCUUUUUAAGCGACGGGCCAAUCGGUAAAAGUCAUCCAAUUCAUUUGGUUCUAACACUUCUAUUAAACAUGCAGAAGCUCAUCGUUUUCUUCACAACCAUCGCCGCCGCUCAGGCUUUCCUUCUUCCAUCUGGAGGAGGUGGAGGAUGUGGAUGCGCUCCACCACCACCACCACCACCAUGCGGAUGCGGAGCACCAGCUCUUCCACCACUCCAACUCCCACGCUUUGAGCUCCCAAGACUUUCUCUUCCAUCCCUCGGAGGAGGAUGCGGAGGACCAGCUCCAUGCGCCGCUGCCCCAAUCGCUGCCCCAGCAGGAGGAUAUGCCACCGCCCCAGCUGCUCCAGUCGGAGGAUACGCUACCGGACCAGCUUUCGGAGGAGCCGCCCCAAUCGGAGGAGCUUACCAAGCCGCCCCAGCUUUCGUAGGAGCCGCCCCAGUUGGAGGAGCUUACCAAUCCGGGCCAGCUUUCGGAGGAGCCGCCCCAGCCGGAGGAGCCUACCAAUCUGGACCAGCUUUCGGAGGAGCCGCCCCAGCCGUCGGAGGAGCUUACCAGGCCGGACAAGCCGCUGUUGAAUCUGCCCCACUCGGAGGAGCUGCCCCAGCCGGAGGAUACCAAGCAUCUGCCCCAGCUGCCGUUGAAGCCGCUCCAGCCGCCGGAGGAUAUCAGGCUGCUGCCCCAGCCGGAGGAGCCUACGCUGGACACAAGAAGAACUAGACGAUCUAAUAACGUUUAGAUAUAUCUCCUUUUAUUUAUUCGUUGUUAUCAAUUGUUGAAUCUUCCUUUACCUGUAUAUCAAGUCAAUUGUUUUGACCCAAUUCUCGAAAUGAAAUUUUGGUCUCAAA